AUGGCAGUUCUCACCGUCGCAUCUUUCAUUUCUGGGAUUAGUUCUUGCAUCAUAUCAACAUAUUCACCAACACCACAAGGAAACAUCAUAUCAGUUUCCCUCUCCUCCCGUUCUGCCAGAUUUAGGUUUCACCACCACUUCUUCCACUCUCUUUCUUCCCCUCUCUUUCACUCCCUUGCCCAAUGCAGGUUUUCCGCCCGCCCCGCCUGUGUGGGCACUCGCCGGAGGAGGACUGGCAUCGCUGGAUUCCGGUCGCCUGGAGUCAGGGCAUUUCCUGUGGUGGCGAUUGUGUCGGACAAGGACGGCGCGGUGGCGAGCCGGGUGGAAACGGAGGUCGGGACCCUGGCGGACCGGUUGAGGUUGGGGAGUUUGACGGAGGAUGGGUUGUCUUAUAAAGAGAAGUUCAUUGUGAGGAGCUAUGAAGUAGGGAUCAACAAGACUGCCACUGUGGAAACCAUUGCUAAUCUACUGCAGGUCUUUGACUUUGAUCUGUUCGUUCAAUUGGGUGAUUUGGUUUACCCUGCUUGGAGUGAUGUUGUUGAGAUAGAGACAUGGUGUCAAGGAGAAGGAAGGGUUGGAACAAGGNGAGAUUUUAUAAUGAAAGACUUUGCGACUGAUCAAGUUAUUGGAAGGGCAACAAGGUGAACAUUUACCUUCCAACUGGAUGUUGUGAAUUGUGACGC